CUUGGCUGCGAGCGGGUCAAGGUCAGCCCGGGCCCGCAGCGUUGUCCGCAGCAACCAACAACUCGGGGUCGCCGGGGCAACUGCCGCCCGGGAAGCUCUCUAUUGGCUGCAGCAGACGCCUAUUCGCCAUGCAUCGCAUCCGAUAGGUCAAUGCACCGGAGGGUCCGCCCACAUCCCCUGGCCGCGCUCCCGAUGCAGCCCUCGCAGUCCCGGCCUCGGUGUCCGCGAGUGCAGAGUGGAAGUAACCAUGAGGGGUCCCUGCGAGGGGCCUGGAGAGAAGGAAGAGCUGGAGGAAGGGGCGGCGGCCGCCGCUGGGCGUCCUGCAGGGGUCCUGGAGGCCCAGAAAGGUUCGGACGCGGAUUCGAACUCCGACCAAGAGAAAAGAAGGUGCCUACGAACCAGGGGGCAGGCUGGGCUUGGAGAACUGGGCAAGGACACCCUCUACCUGAGGUCUUGCUGGGCCCACAGCGUCGUGCCUGCUUCCUGCUUUCUGCGCCAAGGGAGCACCCCAGAGCUCAACCUGUAGCACCGCCCCUCUCUGCCCCAGGGUGCCCAGGCUCUGGCUUCUGUGUUGACCUACAAUCCCUACAUCAAGCGGCUGGAACUUCGGGACAGCGGGCUCUGUGGGGCUGGCACGGAGGCCCUGGCAGGUACUCUGAGCAAAAGCAGUAUCUGUGAUGUGGACCUGUCGGAGAACCAGCUGGGAGCAGUGGGAACCCGGGCUGUCUGUGCCGCCCUGGCAGUGAACCCGGCUGUGCAGAAGGCACAGCCGGCAGGGAAUGGCCUGGAGGAGCAGGUGGCCCAGUACCUUACUGAAUUCCUGCUGGUCCACACAGGCCUGAAACCCCUGGACCUGAGCUAUAACCAGCUGAAUGACCAAGCAGGGGAGAUGCUUGAACCAGCCCUGGCAGAAAACGCAGGACUCACUGAGCUUAACAUAAGCUGGAAUCAUCUGUGAGGACCAGGAACUGUAGCCUUCGCCAGGGGACUGGAGGCAAACAUCUUCCUGAAGGUCUUGGACAUCUGGUAUAAUGGCUGUGGGGAUCCUGGAGCCUCCACACUGGGGGAGGGGCUCAAGACCAACAUUUGUUUGCAAGGCAGUACCAUGCACACGCCUUUCUGUUGCAGCAACAACCGCAUCUCUGCAGUGGAAGCCCUGAGCCUGGGCCUGCAGGUCAACCAGACACUAAGGAUUCCUGUUGUGUCCAGGAAUUCCAUGCGAAGUGAAGGCUGCUUUGGUGUUCUCAAGUCUGUCCGGGCUAAUCCACUGUCUGCCCUAGAGCUGCUGGAUUUUUCUGAUAUCCAUGUGAAAGAGAUUGAUGACCUCACCAGCUCAGUGAAGGUCAUUCUUCCAGGGCUUUCCAUAAAGACGGCUGCCCACAGAGUGGAGUACAAAAAAGAAUUCCUGCCUGUCUUCAGACCGUCUGAAUGACUGUGUUGUGUGGUUUCCUCAUCUCUCCCAUCGGCCACUUCAACUUUGAGAUGCCUUUCAACACAUGAGUCUGCACCGAGUCCCCAUGUCAACUGGGUGGUAAGUCCUACGGAGCCGGCCUUCAUAGUGACUCAGACACCGGUACUAAUCGGGGCCUUCCUUUGCUCUCACUCAUUCGUGUAACACGAACUUGUAUUAUAUGUUGCACACUGAGCUGGGCAUGGGGUCAAAGAUGCCCAAACAAGACCCUGCCCUGGAGACCUUUGGACACAAUUAAAAUAUAAGGUGGUCUGCAACUAGCAUUCUCAAAGUCAACUUGGGAGAAGGCAAAUGGACACAGCUCUUUUGGAAGGCAAUUCAUCAUCAUGCGCCGAGAGCCUUAAAACUGCCUGUCCUGCGAUCCAAAGUUCUGACUAAUCUGCUCCACAGAAAUCACCAAAGAUGCAUGGAAAACCGAUGCCCAAAGAUGCACAUGAAAAUGUUGUUUAUAAUAUGAAAAUUGGAAAUAAUCUAAUGCCCAAUAAUAGGGGAUUGGUUAACUACAAUUUGGAAUUCUGUAAACAUUAAAAGUCAAGUGUUCAAAGAGUUCAAAGAACAUUUAACAACUUGUGAAAAUGCACAUGAUUGAUGUUAAGUGAGAAAAUCAGGAUAAAAAAAAAAAUCACAUGGUUUGUCUGGCAGCUCCUCAAAAGGUUAAACAUGGAGUUGGCCAUAUGACCCAGCAAUUCCACUUCUAGAGAAAUGAAAACAUAUGUACACACAAAACAUCUGAACCAUCUGAACACAGAUGUUCAUUGCAGCAUUGUUCAUAAUAUCCACAAAAUGCAAAUACCCACCAAAUGAUGAGUGGAUAAACAAAAUGUGGUAUACCUAUACAAUGGAAUAUUAUUUGGCAAUAAAAAGGGAUGAAAUCUGGGGUGAUGGAAAUGUUCUAAAAUUGAUUAAGGUAAUGGUUGCACAACUCCAUUGACAUACUAAAAGUAUUUGAAUUGUAUACUUUAAACAAGUGAAUGGUAUGGUAUAUGAACCGUGUCUCAUAAAGUUGUUUAAGAGAAAAAGGAAUGAGGGACUUCCCUGGCGGUCCAGUAGUUAAGACUCCGAGCUCCCAAUGUAGGGAGCCCAGGUUCAAUCCCUGGUUGGGGAACUAAGAUCCUACAUGCCGCAUGGCACCACCUGAAAAAAAAAAAUAAAAGAGAAAGAGAGAAAAAGUAAUGAAGUACUGACACAUGUGACAACAUGGAUGAACCUUGGAAACAUUAUGCUACGUGAAAGAAGUUAAUCAUAAAAGACCACAUACUGUACGACUCCAUUCAUAUGAAACGUCCAGAAUAGGCAAAUAUACAGAGACAGAAAGAAGAUGAUAGGUUGCCUAGGGCUGGGAGAAGGGAGGAAUUGGGGAUUGACAGCUAAAGGGUAUGGGUGUCUUUGGGGGAUAAAAAUGUUCUAAAACUGAUAGUGAUGGUGGUUGCACAACUCUGUGAAUACAUUAAAAAACCAAUGAAUUGUGCACCACUUUAAAUGGGUGAUGGCUGAUAUGUGGAUUAUAUCUCAGGAAAGCUAUUAAUAAAUACGUGUUACUUUUACAAUCAGAAAAAUAAAUCAUACUUAAGAAAUGGCCAGUGGCACAAGCUACAAGUCAGCUGCACGCGCUACGGCCUGAAGGAGGGCACUCCCAUCCCCAGGAUGAGGCCCUAAUGCCCUGAGACCGUGUUCGGAGCCAGGAGGUGACUGAAGGUAAAGGCCCCCGAUCCUGCGAGAUAAGCGCCCCUGAAGCCUGCUCUCCCCGCCCACGCGGGGCCGCUCCGGACGGCGACCCUCCAGCCUCCCAAGUGGUGAGACGACCUCGCGGUUUGAGCGCGGGCCCGGACCAGGGGCAGCAGGACCGGACCAGUGGCGGCGGGACCCUCUCCUGCUUCCCCAGAAGACCCUGCCUUACUCCAGCCUGUCAUUACGCGACUGCCCGCGCCCUCCAGACAGGAUACCGAGCGCAGCCCAGCCCGGCACCUCCCUCCCGGCCCCGCCCUG